UUUUUUUUUUUUUUAAGUAUCUUCUUCUUCUUCUUCUUCUUCUUCUUCUUCUUUUUGAAGCCUCAUGACCACGCGAGCGCGCGGACAGGCUCGGCGCCGCGCACAUCUGGAUCCGACCAGAUCCGUCGGUACCGGCGCGGGCGUGAAGACGACGAGUGGUGACGCCGCAUGUAAAAUGACGACCACACCGCCGGGCUGCCUCUCUUGAUCUCCCCAUGAAGCCAGAUGCCUCCUCUUCCUCUGGACGAGCGCAUCGCGGUCAUCCGGCGGCCAGAAAACAUAGCCUUGCGUGAGGCUUCGCCUCAAGCCCUCCCACAUCCCUCCUCUUCCAAUGGACAAAUUAGCCGUGCCCCUCGCCCUCACUUUGCUCAGCCUCCUUUCUACUCACCCACCUGUAAAUCUCUGACUCUGGAAUGCAAACGCAGAGCUUCCCGUCCGCAGAAAACCACGGCCGAGCGUUCCGUCGUACCGCCCGGUCACGGGCGCGUCCCGAGCCACCGCCACAGCAACGGAACCGUAACGCUCAGCCCUCGACCGCCGUCCCACACGCAUACUAUCGAUAUCAGAUUGACUCUGGACAAAGGCAACUCGCUCGAGGGUACGCGGGGGAAAUGCGGCCCUCCGCGUUCGGAUCAGCGUGAGAGAAGAACCGGCGGUGCCGAGCCGUCAGGCGGAGGUGAGCACAAAUCACAGCGAAGUCGACACAGUCAGCCGUCGUCGACAUCCGCCGGAGGAGGAGUCCUGCGCUUUGUCCCUGCCCAGGCACAGCGGUACAACCUCGAGAAAGAAACGGCAACUUCUGGGAGCAGACCCGACCCUCAAUUCCCCUUGCUGGAUCAUAAGCAUUCCAAGCCGGGAACCGUGCGGCACAGUCUCCCCUACCCCCGCAAUUCCGUCCCCGUUCCCCAUGCAGCCGUCCUAAACUCUUCCUCUCCGCCUCCGCCCGCACGCAUCCCCGCCUCCUUCCAAGAAUUUCGCCAGCCUCGCGCAUCCCGCCACAGAGAUCCCCGUCCUCAUAUUCUUCACGGUCUCCCCCUGUCCCCCUGCACGUCCCGCGCAGGAGGGUUCCCCAGUCCCGACCACACCUGCACCGUUGACUGCACCCACCCCUUCGGAUGUGGUUGCUGGAGGUUGGUGAGGUGCAGAGGGUCUAAAGGGCACGCCUCCGCUUGCCAAGGAGGCGGAAGUAGCUCUUCCACCUCGUUCUCUUGCGUUCAUAAUGUCGGCGCGGUAAAAAAAGGAGGCAGAGAAAUGGGCCUGAGAAAUCUGGGAGGGUGCCUUUCCGCCGCUUCCCCGUCGAACACUUCGUCAACCAACAGCACCGUGUCUGAACACCGAUCAAGCCUGUUCAAGCCUCUCCGCUGUGCCUCCUGCGCGACUGAGGCCGGACACUUUGAGAGUCCCGCUAUUCUUCGUAAAAAGAUGGUGGGGGGAUGCCUGCCUUGUAGCCCGAUGUCCUCGUCUGGCCCUCUCCGGGCAAUACAAAGCUGCGUCACGGGUUGCAAUCCCAAAGCCUCCCACGCAGGGAGCUCCACCUGCAGCUAUUGUAGCAGCGACCCCAUAGUGGUAACAUUCGACCCUCGCCGAGGCCAAGCCCCGGGACGAAGCAUCGGAGCGCCUCAUUCGGCCGCGAUGUUCCGAGCUGCUGCUGCUGAGGAUGAUGAGGAUGAGGAUGAGGAUGAUGAUGAUGAUGAUGAUGAUGACGACGACUACGGCGUGCGCACCAUCUGGCCCGAAGAACUGGCAAGAAAGAUGACCCAUUCAACGGCCCAAGAGAAUCACUGCGCCGGAAUAGGAGUGGGCAAGACGAGUUCCAAGCAGAUCCAAAACGCAAGCCGAAGAACUGGGCUCGUCCGCCUGGACUGCCGAGAGCUCCGGGAGUACGCGCACUCUCGGCUCACAGACCACGCCGGCCGGCGGCGACUACGGCAGGACAAGACGGCCGCCCUGGAUUUCACGGGCCGCGGGUCGGGACCGGGGUACGACGAACAACGAGGAGCGGCCGGCGCUUUUGAGCGCAACCGAGACGCACCGUAUCCUCGUUCGCCUUCUCCACCUUCGCCAGUUUCUUUUUCGCCGCCGCCGCCGUCCGCGCCCAGCACACUCAUCAAACCCGAACCCCGGCAGAGAGACAGGGAGGGCGGGUGUUCUCUACCGUCAGCACGGUCCCUUCACUUGGCUCUGAACUCACUCGACAGAGAGCAAAAUGAGGAGAAGAGCAGAAUGCACCUCUCUCUGCCACUCUCCUCUUCGCUGCCAGCCUCCCUGUCUGACGAGUCGGCGAUGACUCCCGACGCGGAGAACGCCGUGGUCAGCGCCAUCCUGCCGUUCUUGUUCCUCGGAAAUGAAAGGGACGCUCGAGAGCUCGAUCUGCUGUUGCGCCUCAACGUCGGCUACGUGGUCAACGUGACCGCGCACCUCCCCCUCUACCACCUCAAAUCCGGACUGCAUUACAAAAGGCUGCCGGCCACCGACAACAGCAAGCAGAACCUUCGGCAGUACUUUGAGGAGGUUUUUGAGUUUAUCGAGGAAGCAUAUCAGAGCGGCCAGGGUGUGUUGGUGCAUUGCCAGGCAGGCGUGUCCCGUUCUGCCACCGUCGUCAUCGCCUACCUAAUGAAGCACACCCUCAUGACCAUGACGGACGCCUACAAAUACGUGCGCAGCCGUCGUCCUGUGGUGUCGCCGAAUCUAAACUUCAUGGGGCAGCUUUUGGAGUUUGAGAGGGACCUCAACUCUGGCGUGACUCCUCGCAUCCUGAUGCCCAAACUUGACGGUGUAGAGACCCAGGUAAUGAAAGGAGACACCCCAGUGAACAGCACCAUGAGUGUCGGCCAGGCCAGGAAGCUGGUGGAGCAACUGAAGAUCGAGGCCAGCUUCUGCAGGAUAAAGGUAUCCAAGGCGGCCGCCGACCUGAUGGCGUACUGCGACGCCCACGCCUGCGACGACCCCCUGAUCACACCCGUGGCCACUUCGGAGAACCCGUUCAGGGAGAAGAAGUUCUUCUGCGCUCUGCUUUGAGCUCCGUCAGGGAUCGUUAGUAGCCUUCCAAAAACUAGAAAACGCAGAGUACAAUGUGCGCGCGUACCACCGACGACGGCUCGGCGCCCAUGCGCGGUCCAGCCCAACACAAAAGGAACACGAGCGAGUUGCCAGGUCCAAAGGAAAAGAAACACACACCACACAAAAAUGGUCAUCUGUAAGGAAACAUCCCAUUUUUAAAUAGGCCACUCACUCAAGAGGAUCUAUUGAUGUGUAAACAUUUCCAAUGUCGAUUUUAUUUGGAAUGUUAGUCCAACAUUAGAGUUCUAAUAAUGGCUGUUGAUUCUUUAAAGUCAUUUAUGAGUGAACCGUCAUCAGGUCAAAGUAAUAUUCCGAUUGUGUGUGAGUGUGUGUGUUUGUGCGCGCGCUCCUGUCCAAUAUGUGGUUUAGUGCAAAGGUCAACAAAAACAUUCCAAAAGGUGCAUCCAACCACCAGCGCCACUUCAUUAGGUACACCAGCCAAUUAUUCAUACAAUCCUUAUUUUGACAUUAGAAACAAUAAUACAGAGGUAUUAUAUGUGUAUUAUUCACUGAGUGUAGUAUUUUGACAAACAAUGCCAUAGAAAGAUGAUUCUGAUUCUGAUUCUGAUACGCAUGGAAUAAAUGGUUGUCGUCUGUGUCCCA